AAAAAAAAUAAAGAAUUGGAUAAGAGAGAGCACUAAAGCUUGGGGUCUGAAAAUGGCGAUAUUAAACACUAACGCGGACGUUAGCAUGGGACGCUUGAGCUCCCUGAUUUCUCCAGCAAUCUUGACUUUGAAUCAAAGAAAAAAGCAUACUUCAGAGGUGGGGUGCGCACUUUUCAUGCAAGAAAGGCGGCAGAGCAGACGAGGGUUGGUUUCUGCAGCUCUAGCCUUGCUCAACUGCCUCUCCCUACCUAAAGAUGCUAUGGGGGGUGGCAUUUUCGACAAAUACUUAAAAAGGAAAAAACUUGAUCCACUGGAGUCUUAUGUACCAGCAGUUAUAUUGACUGAGUUGCAGAUUAAAGACUUGGGAAAAUCUUUGGAUUUUGAUCAACCUAGGUUUGAUGACUGUCGGAUUUUACUCCGUUCUGGCCCUGCAGCAUCUCUACGUAUUAAUAUUCGAGCUGUUGCCCAAUAUGCAACUGAUGAUGGCGAUAACAAAUCUGCUUUCGACAAUGUUGAUGAAUGUCUGAGAGCCUUGGAAGAACUUGAUUCAUUGUUGCUGCACGCAUCAAGAAAUGAUCCAGGGGCCUCAAUUCAGUCAAUGAAGGGAAAGAUUGAUACUGCUGUUGAUGCAUUGGAUAGUCUACUCAAAACUGUUCCUUCCGAUGUGCUUGAGAAGGGAAAAGCUAUAGCUGAUGCAUACAGGGAUUCUGAAGAUGAUGCAGCAGCUGAAGCCCUCGACCCAGAAUUGAAGCAGUUGGAGUCAAUUUUAUGAAUUUGUGAAAUACAUGACACCUUUUUGAUAAUCUAUAAUCCAGUUACUCCACGUUAAACCUUUUCUCCUACAUUUUACCAAAUUCCAAGGCUCUGUGUUUGUAUAGAGCCUCACUUUGUAAACAUAAAAAACCAGACUCUAUACAAAAAGCCAGACACAUUGACGUUUU